AUGGAGGGCCGUCUACUACGCAUGGUUCGGGAGCGCGCGGCGGAGCAAGCACCUGCGAGUGGCCAGCAAGGAGGAAUCAAUGAAGGAGGAGUUGAGCACGAGGCUCCUGGUGCCGUGGGCAUUGAUGGAGGAGUUGUUGCACCGACCAUUGACACGGGAAUGAUCGGGGCGAGCUACGGUACCCAGUUAGCCCAACUCAGGAAAGGAGAUGAUGAGACGGCGGAAUCCUACUGCAAUAGGGCCCGCACCAUCCGAGCGGAGCUGCUGACCAUUGGACAGGAGGUCCACAUGGCCACGUUUGACGCCCACGUGCUGAAGGGCCUACCACCGGAGUACGGAUUUCUUCGCCGCAAGCUCGAAAUUUCCAGCCCUGACGUGACGGUGGAACGCGUGUGCAGCAAGGUGUUGAUGGAGGAGCAGACUCUCUCCAUCGAACAGAGUUACAAGCAGAUCACCAGCGAUGCAUCUGCUUUCUCGGGCGCUGUCAACACAAUCGUGGCUGUAACGGGGGUCAACGGGAAGGAAGGAAAAGGGGGGAGGGAGCAGACGGACAAGAAGAAGGAUGGCAAGCGGGAGAAGAAGCGAGCCCCCUUCAAGGGGCGCUGCUACAACUGCAAUGAGGAGGGGCACAUGGCUGCCAAGUGCCCCAACAAGAAGAAAGAUACAACGCCAGCGGCAGCCGCAAACGUAGCUAAAGGAGACGAGAAGGGCGUGGCGCUCACCGUCGCGUGUUCGGCUGCAAAGUUGCUAGCCGACGAUAAGGACUUGUGGUUCCUUGACUCAGGAUGCUCCCAACACAUGACCGGCCGCAAGGAGUGGUUCACGGUGAUCCGUGACCCAUCUGCAACGAAAUCGGUCAAAGGGUUUGAUGGUUCUAUGCAGAAAGUUGCCGGUGUUGGUGAGGUUUUGCUGGAGGGCACUAACGGCUUGUGUGUGACCCUAAAUGAUGUCCUCUUUGUGCCAGGAAUGAAGGCCAACUUGGUCUCCCCUGGGCAGCUCUUGGACAAGGGAGCAAAGCUGCAAACCGAGGAAGGUGUCACUCGCAUCAUCGCAUCAGGAGGUCAAGUGGCUGCAACGGCACGAUACGGCCAUCGCCUUCACUGCCUUGACCUGAAACCGGGGCCAGCAAGGAACGGUGCAACGACAACAGCGGCAUGCAACGGCACGGUGGCUGCAGCAGCAUGCACCGAUAUGGCGGAUGGAGCGGCGAGCAACGGCACAGGGGCUGCAUCGGCAUGCAACGGCACGACGGCUGCAACGACACGGGGAAGGAGAUUGCUGAUGUGGCGUCAAGCAAGCCGGAAGCUAAAGAUGGAGCGGCCAGCCUCAAGACGUACGCGGUGGGCUCCAAGGCAACGCCCAACCUAUGGCACGCUCGCCUUGGACACGUCCGAUUCGAUGCGGUGA